ACAUCACUCAAUUUGUCUAUUCUUCAUUUGCCCAUCCCAUCACUAAACGUCAAAAAAAGCGAAGCCUUGUACUGCGAUUUGUAUGAUGCUCUUUAUUUUCGGAAAUACUAAUUGAAAUCAAUGCAAUUGAGAUUAUUGGAUUAAUUAAAACUAAUUAUCGUGCACGUUGCAACAUUCCUUGUGCAGUUAUAGUGUGUGGGUGUGUUUGAAAUUGCCGUAUUGGGAUGUGCGUUGUUUAUCUGACAUGUACUUAUGUCGGAAUUUCCUAAAUAGACUAGACGUUUGAUGUCGGGGCCGCGUAUAAAAAUAACAUUGGAUUGUCGCGUCGGGUCCGGAGGGCUGAACCCGCCUGCGCCAUGGUUCUGAUGAUGGCUUCGAGGAUAUUGUACCUCACCGCGGUGGUGAUGUUAGGUACUCAAGUGACGUCAUUGUCAGCCGCUCCGCCGUCUGACGAGAAUUUCCCCCCACGGCCCAAAGAAGGCCGGGUCACCACCAGGUACUGUGAAUUCUUCAAUGGCUCCCAAACGUCCACUUGCGAUACGGCGAAAAACGCUACAUGUGUACCAAAUGUCAUACAAGAAGAGUGUCAACCUGUCGAAGCAGAUAAGAGCAACCACUGUGUGGUCUUGUGGCAGUUCGAUAAUGUUACCAACCAAGCAUAUCCUAAGCUCAAAGGAUGCUUCGUAGACACAGUGUCAUGCACAGACAGGGCAACCAGCUGCAGACUGCACAACUCCAAGUUGCCUCUGCUCCACUGCUGCUGCGAAGGAGACAUGUGCAAUCAAAACGCUGUGUUCCCUGGCAUAGAAGCUGGAAUGUCUUCACAGACAGAAAUACCGCCUGAAAGAGUACCUGCGUCCGCGGUGCCUAGCGCUGACGAUGAUACCAAGGCAGUCAUAGCAUAUACUUUAACUCCCUUGUUCUUGCUAUUCGCGAUCCUGGUUGGCUGUUACCUGCUGUACAGGAAGCGUAAAGGAACGUCAUUUGCUGAACUGGCGAACGGUGAGGCGUCACUAUCGAGGCCUCCGUCGGCAGGUGCUGGCAUGGAGAACGAAGGUGUUGGCUUAGUGGGUCAGGUGACUUUAUGCGAGGUCAGGGCUAGAGGACGUUUUGGAGCAGUGUGGAGGGCAAAAUUGGGCCAGCGAGACGUGGCCGUGAAGGUGUUCCCCUUACAAGACAAGCAGUCCUGGCUGGCUGAACAAGAGAUCUUCCGCCUCGCGAGGAUGGACCACCCAGAUAUACUGCAUUAUAUCGGCGUCGACAAAAAAGGCGACAAUCUUCAAGCUGAAUAUUGGCUGGUCACAGCUUACCACGAGAAGGGCUCCCUGUGCGACUAUUUGAAAGGCCAUACCCUAACUUGGGUGGAGGCUUGGAGGAUCGCGGCUUGCGUGGCUCGUGGACUCGCCCAUCUCCAUGAGGAAGGUGGUGGUAAACCAGCCGUUGCUCAUCGUGACUUCAAAUCCAAGAACGUUCUCUUAAAAGCUGACCUAAGCGCUUGCAUUGCGGACUUUGGACUCGCCCUGAUAUUCGUGGCUGGAAGGGGCUGCGGCGAUGCUCACGGCCAGGUCGGAACUCGGCGUUACAUGGCUCCCGAAGUACUGGACGGUGCCAUCAACUUCACGAAAGACGCCUUCCUAAGGAUAGACAUGUAUGCGUGCGCGCUUGUUCUCUGGGAGAUCGCCUCAAGAUGCAGUGAGGCGGCUCCGGAAACCCCUGGACAGUACCGAUUGCCUCUCGAAGAGGAGGUGGGCUCGCACCCCAGUCUCGAAGAAAUGCAGGAGGCUGUAGUGCAGAGGAAACUGCGCCCUCAUAUACCUCCACACUGGCGUAAUCAUCCCGGUCUAUCAGUACUCUGCGACACAAUGGAAGAGUGCUGGGACCACGACGCAGAGGCUCGUCUGUCCGCGUCAUGCGUGCUCGAGCGCGUCUGUGCCCAGCAGCCCGCGUCAGCCGUGUCGGCCCUCACGCCUGACACCACUCCCUUGCUGAUCCACGAGCUGGCUGAUCAGCAGCCCUGCUGACGUCACACGCUCGUCGAACUGCCGCUCAUACAGUUCUGAACAUUGAACAAACAGGUACAGAAAACUUAACCAUAGACUUGUGAAUAUUUAGACAGUUACACCGUCAGUUGCGGAAAGACUAAUUAAGUUAAAGCUUCUUUAAAUCUAUUGCUGACUUUUUCUUUGUUAGCAAUAGAUUUAAAGAAGCCAUAAUUUUAUGGUUCUUUGUGCAACUGACGGACAUCUUUAAAGCCCAUAGACCUGUGAAUGUAUAGACAGUUAAAAAAAAUAAGUUUUUAGUACCUGUAUUGUUGGUUGUGUUUAGCGGCGCCAGUGAUUGUCAAGGUAAAGUACAAAGUAUAAGUUAUGAAUUGGACAUUUCAAAAUACAGACUGUAUUGAAUAUGAUGUGGUUCGGAAGGAUUCGGGCGUUUGUAAGCGUCCUGUGAAAUUGGCUAUCAAAAAUUGUAUCAUGCUCGGUGGUAACUAUAUCUAUUGUAAAAUAGGGAUUAUCUUAGGAUAAGUAAUACGGGCUUAUAUCGAACAAAACUUAUCCAUUGAAAGGUUAACAAAAUUUCGAAAAUCAUACAAGCAUUUGUCGGUAAUGUAAAAGUGGGUUUUGUGCUCAACAUUUUAAAUGCAUUUGUGUAAUAAGCCCGGUAGAACCUACAUGUUCUGAAACUACACAAAAAAUUCGUCAUAUUCAUAAGAUAGUAUUAAAAGAAUCUUCCAAUCACUACUGAAAUAUCAUGUUUUAUCUAACACUAUCCUACAUAGUGUAGUUUCACCAUACUAUCUAAUAUUAAGAGGACAUUGAUGUUUAACUAAAGAAUUCAUUACUUAUCGGUAUAAAUAGAUCAAUAUUUCGAUUCUUUAUAAUUUUAAGGUUCAAAUAAUACGUUUAAGAAGAAUUUUAACCCACAGAGGUACGAAUCUAAAAGACAGUAUGUUCUGUUUAAAUGAUUAAAUUUAAAAAAAUCUUUUUAGGACCGAUUUUUGAAUCGGCCCUUUUAUGUGAAGAAUAUCUUUGACGAUUUAACAGCUUUUGUAAAGGAAAUAUGUCAAAUUGCCAUAAAUAUUCCUCAGAUAGAAAACUGUAGGUACUGAUGAUUUGGCCCUAAAAAGAUUUGUUUAUUUAAAUCAUUUAUUUCGAAACGCACAAUAUAUUUGAAAGCACAUUUAUCAUCGAAAUACUAUACACAGUCCAAUCAAAGUUUCUGCGAUAAUAAUUUUAACGGGCACAAAUAAAUAGGAAUUGAAUGUCAUGCUCCUAGCAUUUACGUAAUAUUUUGUAUCCAUAAUACCUUGUUCCGCCUGUAAAAAUCUCCUAGGCCCUUAUACCGACUGAAAGACCAUCAAUUUUUAACCAACUUCAUAAAAAGAAGGUUCUCAGUUUGACAUGUAUGUAUGUUUGUUCUUGCACGAUGCGAUUAUCUCACGUUUGGCUGAACCGAUUGAUUUAUUUGUCAGGCUUAUACCCUCAUGACAUGAAAUUUUAAAACAUUGUAAACGACACGAGGUGGUAAGUCUCAGAGUUCUAUUCUGGUAACGAUGGGGUCGAUCCUAAAUUAGAAAGCGUCCUUUUUAAUUAUCUAUGAGAUUCCGACAUGUCCAAUUACAACAGAUUAAAUAUUCAAAAGGGGAAAGAAGGUAAAAAAAAAUAUUAUGAACAUUAGCAUUUGUUUAGUGUAUGCGAAUUGUUAUUUAUGAAUAAAAAUAAUAGGUAAGGGAAUUUGUGUCGUACUUCUAAGCAAAGAGUUCUCAUAAUUAUGAGUCACGCGCAUCGCGUUGGAAUUCCCAGAUUAUAGCAAGUCUUGUUCAUUCACCGUCUACGAAGAUGUCUCGAAGAUAAAAUUAGACAGUACACUCAUAUUAUAAAGAGAAUACCACAUCUAGCUUACCUAAAUCUAUUCAUAGAUUGGUGUCUUCCUCACUUAAAUAAAGGAGUCAUCGUUAAAUAAAUAAAUAUUAAAUCAAACUUUUUACUAAAAGCUGUAGGUACAGAGUUUAUUUUUGGCUUUAACCCGUUGUAUGUUGGAGCGCAGAUAUACGCGAGACACAAUUGAUUUUCUAUUGUUUUAUAAUAAGCGACAUACAAGCAGUUUUUAUUUAAACUACUUGAAAGUUAUUUACGCACUAAAAUUCGGUCUCAAACGUAGUUCAUAGUACUACGACUAUAAGUGUCUUCCACAUUAUCGUAUCAACACCCUAGUCAGCCUAUUAAAGGCCGCUAGACCUAGUCCAGACGUUAAAUUGAUUGCCACACAAACAACUUACGGGGCUAUUCAUAAGCAUCCUUUAUAAACAUCCUACCACGAUCUAAUGUAUGGUAAUUGUCGUCGCUCGCUCCCUUUUCCACUUCCCGCCAACUGGGCUGUACAUUUGUCGUGUGACUGUGUAAAUACUUGUCCAUCUCCUUGGUAUGUAAAGUAAAUCAAAUUAUCGACAUGCAUAUAGCACACCUAAAGCUAAAGGGGGUUAACUAAAAAAUGUAGUUUUUUUGGGGCAUACCAUGAAAUUCCUUAAACGAGCCAUCGACUAAGAUUUUUUUUAAAAUAUGUUUACGCACAGGGAGGAAUCAGUUAAUCAGUUUUACUUUUUUGCAAAAAAUGUUUUAAGAUCUAGGUGUGCGCUAUGUGAAAUUGUCUAAUCAGACAUUUUGAAAAGGAUGAAUUAACAUUUUGAGGAUGUAAAUAAUUUUAAGAUUUUUUUUAAUGAAUGUUUGUAGCUUCAAAUCGUAAUAUUUAUUUUAUUUCGAUCUUAUUUAUUUGAAAAUAAAAUCGAUAGUUAUAUUUUUUUUAUUAUAUAAUUAUUUAGUGUAGGUAGCUUUUCAAACGAGGCAUCUGGUUUAAGUACUAACAAAAUUAUAAUUAUUCACAGCUUUAUCUGGCAGCGCUAUUUUAUUUAAUACUCGUGUUACGUUAGACUUUUUAGCAACAUUGUUAUAUCAUAUUUUAUUUUUAGAUGUUUUUUUAAUUAUGUUGGGGUCCCUUAAAUAUUUGUAGAGUAGCUUGCACUAAAAUAAUACUUGUGUUAGGCCCGAGGACACGGCGCAGUUUAUUUGCUCAUUGAAUUGAACAACAGGACGCAAUAUGUUAGUUGUCAAGAUGUACUUUAUAUUGUUUGUUAUUUCAAAACAUUGAAUUCAACGAGUAAAUAAGUAGCACUGUGUCCAGGAGUCUUUAUUUAUGGUUUUAUUGGCCAUUACUCCACUGCCAGAAUGAAUGUAAUUCCCUGAUAGAAUAAAUGGUAUUGAUAGGACAUAAUCUUGCCUGAUUCUCAUAAACGGGGACCUCUUAUUUAGUAAGACUGGUAUUAUUUGUAUAAUUGGCUUUAUUUACUUAGUUUAUUGGUCCUUAAUUUGUGAGGCGUUCUUAAAAGUGCUAAAUUAUUGAGAAAUUAAAGCAAUGAAAUUAGUGUUAGUAUUUGCAUAAGUGAAUGUCAUUUGCUAAGUUAAUUUUAAUGUUACUUAGCGGUAAUCAGUCUUAGGAUACGCAACUAUUAGUGCUCAACUCGUACACCUUGAAAAGCAACUUAUGUUUUUAGAAAAUAGACAAAUAUAUCAGUGUAAAUUCAGGUUUCGGGUGUGGAAUGUUGCUCAUAUUAAAUCAAAUUAUUGAAAUGACGCUUUUAUGAGAUAGUUCGAGUGAGCAUUGAUAGCAGCUAGUCAUAAUGUCGUUGCUAAUGUGAGUAAACAAAACAUAUUGUGCCAUAGACUGGACUGGUUAUACUUAUUGGUAAAGCUCGACAUCUAGAGGAGAGCCAGACAACUUGUAAAGCGAUGGUCGACUCUCCAAAAACUAUUAAAAAUAUUGUUGAACGCACUUUAUUUGUAAAAUAACUGUGAUUUUGUUAUCCUAUGCCACUUUCGUUAUAUCAUGUAUCUUAGGAUAUAAAAUAUUCUUAAACAAAGUGACGCAAGAAAACAAGUCCCCUGAAAAAAAAAAUAUCAUUGAAAAUAUUGUGAUUUUAGAACAUAAUUGAAAUAUCAUAAUGGGAAAUCAUAAUGAAUUUGAUUUACCUAUGCCGUGUGCAUAUCACCACACAUAGACUAAGUAAUGUUGCCAAAUGUAAAUAAUGUAGCUCCUAAGUCUAGUAUAGGAUAUUUUCGUCUGAAUGUCAGAGUUUUAGGUUGUGGACACACUCAUCUGGAACAAAUUUAUUGACACAAGGUGAUUUGAAUAGUAUCCGUAGAAAGUUUUUUUACAAGUGGUAGUGUUAAGAUUUAUCAAUAGCUUUUGUAAAUCGCAUAUUUGUCUUUUAACUUCGACCCCUGUAGAAAUAACUUUUUCUGUCUUGUCUAGGAGGGGCUAACUUCAUGUAUGGAAAAAUGGACUCUAGAACAUAUAUAUAGAGCAUGAAAUGAGCCUUUUCUAGGCAAGGACUUGGCCUAAUUGUAUAGUAAAUUUCGUGGUGUGUUCACAGCUCUAGUGUAAUAUAACUAUUGUAAAAGAACAGUAGCAGAAGUCUUUAGAUUGGGUAGUGUUUAGCCACUAUUAGACAUUACGUUUUGAUGUUGAUGCAUCGUGUCGUGUUUAGUCGAAUAACGAAUGUCUUAAUGGCCAUGUUUAUCAUUUAUUUUUUAUUUUCAAUUAACAAACGUGAAUGUCUGUUGAAAUUUGAUGUAUUAAAAUAUAUUUUCUAGACAAAUA